AUGGCGGCACAAGGAGGCUUCAUCUCGUCGUACAUCGAUCUCUCCCCGAGCUCCUCGCGAGAGCUUCAUUCGGCUGGAGCAUCUGCUGAUGGAGAUGCGGAUUCGCUCUACACGGCCGCAUCUUCGGGUGCCAGUCUGCAGCACGAACACGAUGCAGGUGGCAAAGGACAUGCCCCCUACACGGACUCUCUCGGUGCCAAUCUGAAACCCGAACGAGCAGGCCAAGAAGAUAAUUGCGCAGCUGAAUCAGAUGAUGAAGAUGACGAAGAUUCCAUUCCGUUUGUCUACGCUUCCUACUCGACGACCUGCCUGCUCAACGAAUCUGGCAACCGCCCCAACAAGAAGCACGCUGGCAAGGUCGAUGCCAAGCGCCGCCGACAAGAAGAUUCAGAUGACGACGAGACCAGCAGCUGCUACGCCGAGGUGAGCCUUGGCGACGAGGACUCGAAGGCCGCGAGCAGCACCUACUCGAGCAUCUCGCGCUACUCAUCCACCUUGGCCUCGCCGCGAUCCAUGGACGAGCUGCCCACCGCCAAGGGCCUCACCGGGUACUCCACCCCCGUGCUACACAAAGAUGCGACGCGCGCCUACGAAGAUGCCUACGUCACGGUGGGCAGCCUUCGCAAGGAGGGCUCGGCCGAUGGAGACUACUUCCCCGUGCUGACGCAGGACGAGAAGAAGAAGACAAACAACACCAAGUUCGACCUCUACACGUCGGGCGAGAUGAAGGCCAAGCUGGCCUACUUCGAAGACCAGAUCGACAAGCAGAGCCUGGACGAGGAGCUGAUGGUGCGGCAGAAGGUCGCCGCGCUGCUGGCCGCGCUGCCGUCGGCCAAGAGCCGCCAGCGCGUCGUGACGCAGCUCCAGAAGGGCACCAACGCGGCCGAAGGCGAGGACUUUGAGGUGCUCAAGCCCGUGGCGCAGGUCCAGAAGCAGCUCGAGGUGGAGCCGAUCAAGCAGGAGAAGGAGUGGGCCAAGAUGGGCGAGGGCCGGCAGUGGAACGAAGAGUACCAGCGUACGGUGGGCAAGGGCCUCAAGCAGCUCGUGGCCGAGGACGUGCGCGCCAUCUCGCGGCUGAGCCACGACUUUGUCAAGCAGGCCGAGAUCUACGGUAAGGUCAUCAUCAACGAGCUCAACGUACCCGACGAAUGGAAAACGAUCAAGCCGGCCAAUGUGGGAGGAGUAGCGGGCGGCGCCAAGUACAUCGUUCAGGGCAUCCUCUACAAGUUUUGCCUUGAUCCCAUCGUAUCAAAGAAGCCGUUGGUGUGGCUCUACGGCGGAGAGCGACCCGACGACGACAACGCCAUGAAGGCGGCCGGGCUCGAACUGCAGGGUCUCGGCCUGAUCGCCACCUCGCAGAUGACACAGCUCCACGUUCCGCUCAUGGCCCUCAUUGACUACAAGGGCUUCAGGUUGAUAGCCACGUCACUGCUUCCCAUUGGGCCGGACACGCUCAAAUACGGCUCGAAUGACGCGGGGCGGACGAUCAAGACGGGCGACCAGGUGAUGGACCAUCUCAUGCACGGACUCGGCGAGCACCUCAACCUGCGCAAGCACCUCGUCGGCAAGCAGCGCGUGCCCAUCGUCGGUCCGGGCGACAUCGAAGGCCACCUGGGCACCGACGGCCGUUACUACCUGCUCGACUUUGCCCGCCUCAUGCCCCCCGAGACGCCCCUCCCCGAUGAGGACGGUCACAUCGACGGCCGAGGAGUGUUCUUCCGUAUGCUGCGGCCCGAGCUGGUGCGGAGCUUCCGAGUCCCGCUCUCCUCCGACACCUUCACCGGGUGGGGGAUGUACGAUGAAAACCGCGUGGCCUACGAGCUCGACGUGCGCGAGGCGACGGACCUCAUGAUCAACGAACGCGUGCCGGCGGUCGCGGCGGAGAUCAGCCAACUCUACGAGGUGGAAACAGGCAACUGUGUCGAUUUCACGCCUGCGCACCUGCAGCAGAUCUUGGAGCAGCUCAAUCUCGUGGCUCGAAUGCACGCACGAGGCGUGAAUUUGCGCCACCUGGGCCGAAUUCGGGACAAGAUGACAUCGAGCAAGGGCAGGAAGCUCCUCCUCUCUCUGGCGCUCAGCCGUGCCUUCAAGAGCAGGCUGCGGAGGCAGAUGCGCAAGAGCGUCCAGAAGCAGACGCACGCCGGCGCGUCCUCCGAGGUACCAAACCUACAUUACCAUUCCCUCGUCGUCAUCAAUGACCUGCGGCUCAACCACACCUAUGAACAGAGCGCAUGCAAGGACGUGGUGGUCGAGUUCUUCAACACAGUGCUGGGCCACACGAGCAAGUCGCACAACUUCUGGCGCGUGGGCAUCAAAGAAACGCUGAAGAGCAAGUUUCCGUUCAUCCUCACUGAGGCAGAGAGCGACGAGGACUACAACCUGCUCGAUGCCGGCUGUAUCAAACUGACGAUCAUGCUGUGCUUCAAGCUGGGCCUCGUCCGGUUCCCGACUGCGGUGACGGAGGCCAUCUUCAAGGACUACACCGCCGUGCGGCUGCUGGAGACCGACAUUCUCGACAUCCCUGCCAUCAUCAAGCACAACCAGCUGCAACACAUCUUCAACGGCAACAUCUGCAUGUUCGAGGCGGCUAAGGGCCAGCACAACUCGUCCGACGCGCUCCGACUGCUACGUCAGGCUCGAGAGCAUUUGAUGACGGCCGCCAGCAUGACCCCGUCGUGUCCCUACACCAACUGGGUGCUGGGCUCCAUCGAGAUCGACAUCGCAUCCCGCCUCCUGUUCGACCAGGAGUCCGAACGCCUCUUCACCUCCGCCUACGAGAGGUUCGCGAGGUCGUGCGAGUUGGACAAGACCAACGCGGGACCGAUCGGGUCGUGGGCCGACGCGUUGGACCAGCACGCCGCGCGCCUGGCUGCCAAUGACGCCGACCCCGCGCGGGUGGCCGAGAUGCGCGCCCUCGCCGGCGUUAAACGACAGCUGGCCGCCUCCAAGCGAGUCUCCACCUGCAGCCUCAUCACGUCGCCCCGCCACUAA